AACCCCACACGGUUUCAAGUUUCAGAAUAUUCAAAGUAUAGAGUAAAAGAUUAAGGCAGUGUUCAACUUUUUAGUUAUAGUUGGUUGUGUGCGCAACAGGCCUUUCCCAAAGAUUAAUGCAUUGAAAUAAAACUCAAGUAAAUUCAUCAUUUCUUUUCUCAUACAAGUUCGUCUCUUUCAAUUGAGUUUGUGGGAGUGCAUUGUCUGCAUUUCAUUUCCUGAAUAAUGUCCGAAGCAGCUGCUAUUCUUGUGGGCUUGGUAGUCAUUGUUAUAAAGAUUAUUAUUGUGGUUAUGGUAUGCCAAAGAUUUUCUAAAAGGAAUAGCAGCAAUGUCAAUCCGGACUCACCGGACUCACGAUUUAUGACACUCACCAUGGAUAAAUUUCUCUACGAUAUGGAAAGAGAGAAGCCAAUCAAAUUUACCUCUCAGCAGCUCAGAAUUGCAACAGACAACUUCACUAAUUUUUUGGGUUCAGGAGGAUUUGGAUCAGUCUAUAAGGGAAUCUUUAGUAACGGAUCUGUAGUGGCAGUGAAGGUUCUAUAUGGGAAUUCUGAUAAGAGAAUUGAGGAUCAAUUCAAGGCAGAAGUGAGUACAAUAGGAAGGGUUCAUCACUUUAAUCUGGUACGUCUUUAUGGUUUCUGUUUUGAGAAGAACCUGAGAGCACUUGUUUAUGAGUACAUGGGAAACGGCUCGCUUGACAAGUACUUGUUUCGUGAAAACAAGACCUUAGGAUUUGGAAAGCUUCAUGAGAUUGCAGUUGGGACAGCUAAAGGGAUUGCUUACUUGCAUGAAGAAUGUCAACAACGAAUAAUCCAUUAUGAUAUUAAACCAGAAAAUAUUCUUUUGGAUGCAAACUUCUUGCCUAAGGUAGCUGAUUUCGGUUUGGCAAAGCUAUCUAACAGGGAAAAUACACAUAUCACCAUGACAGGAGGAAGGGGGACACCUGGUUAUGCUGCACCAGAAAUGUGGAUGCCAUAUCCUAUAACCCAAAAGUGUGAUGUUUAUAGCUUUGGGAUGCUAUUAUUUGAAAUCAUAGGGAAGAGAAAGAACCUCGAUGGUAGUCUUCCAGAGAGUCAAGAGUGGUUCCCAAUGUUAGUUUGGAAAAAGUUCGAACAUGGAGAACCGGGAGAGUUGAGCAUAGUUUGUGGGAUAGAGGAGGAACAUAGAGAGACAGCAGAGAGAAUGAUGAAGGUAGCUUUCUGGUGUGUUCAGUAUAGGCCUGAAUCAAGACCUCUGAUGAGUGUUGUGGUAAAGAUGUUGGAAGGAGCGGUAGAGAUUCCUACACCUUUAAACCCAUUCCACCACUUGUUGGUUGCUAAUCCUUGGGAUAAUGCAAAUUCCCAUCCAACACAGACUGAUAGCACUUUUAAUUCAGAAUACUCCUCUCAAAUGAGCUUUGUAGGCGCUACUCCCGUGAUGAGGAAAUAUGAGAUUGAAAUAGCCUCUAUUUAGGUGAGCUGAAGGGCAUCACUACUGAGUCUCUGCAAGUGUGAUCAGUGUACUAAUUUUUACAUAGGUACAUGAUUUAAGGAUACCAUUUCUCAUUUUAUACAGAAAUGCAUAAUGUACCAUGUGAAUUUGAUUACUUAUUUACUUGUAACUAGUAAGUUGUCCGUGCAAUGCACAGAUAAUUUUGUAAUAUUUUAUGUAAGAUGGUUUUGGAUAA